GAAAGUGCCAUAGUGCCCUUACAUUUGCAGUAGGCAUCAGAUGGCAGAUGAUAGCAGCAUUUGUGGUAGACAUCAUUCAAAGGAACAAGGCAAAGUGACGAAGACUAGACACAGCUUGACAGCCUGAGAGCCUGAGCUCGACAACGGGAUGGCGCCGUCACCAGCGGAGACCUGCUGUCUUUCGUGCUCCCUGCUCCAAGGGGUUCAAGUGAUAUCAACAUACACAGUUGUUUUCGGAAGCUUCAACAUGUUGGGAGUGCUCAUGGGCGGGCCUAGGGAUAUCCAGGCUCGUUCUGUUGUCCUGGCUACCGUUGAGUUUCUCAAAAUGAUGGUGCACACAUUCGCACUCUUUGCUGGCUUCAAGGGCUUGAUCGGGGUUCUACUAAAAGAUGUGGAGCGUCUCCGUGUUUUGAUGCUGUAUCAUGUUUGCUCGUUGCUGCUUCUUUGUUUGGAGCUCGUGGUUGGCUUUGUGAAGGGAUGUCAGGAGCUUGAGAUGCUGCAAAAGAUUACUCAUCGGAAAGAGAUCCUGAAAAUGGACUGCAAUACAUACCAGGCGCAGCUAUGUGUGAAAUUUGUUUUCCAAGCAGGCUUAAUGACCUACUUUGCCUUUAUCAUUUGGAGCCUCAUUGUGCGCAUUGAGGCUGGUGAGCUUGGCGAGCCAUCACUACUGCGAGAGCAGGAGCUUGCUGACCGGGCCCUUGGGGAUCCUUGGCUCUUUGUCCAGACCCCUGGUGAAUCAGCCACCUUCUUGAGACGUGUCCAAACCUUACGCCUCUGACUGCGACAUCCUGUCUUGUAUUAACUCCGGAAGAAACACAAUGUCGCAAUGCAGGAAUCGAGAGGUCACAAUGUCAGAAGCCAAGAAUAAACACUCGCUUUUUGGCCGCACAAGUUCUUCGAGCAUUUGGCCAGGCAACUCCUACUCCCUUCUCAGGAGUGCCCAGAAAUCUGGAAGAUCACGCUGUGGGCUCAGAUGAUGAGAGUCAGUUCUUUUCAUCAGAUCUCCAAGCUUUGGACAGGAAUCUCAAGGACAUGAGCAAGGAUCUGUGGAAGCAUUUCAAGGAACUCCAUACCGUUUGGAGUGACGUGCACAUCUCAAUCGGCUUCUUGUGACUUGUGUGGACUGGCUGAUGUUAACAAGUCAGUUGAUCUGAACCUAGUGCGACAUCAACAGGCUUGCAAGGCUUGCCUUGCUCACCUUGAAGCCUAGAAAGACCUGAGUGCUUGGCAAGGGGAGCUACUUGCAUGGUUUCACCAAUGUGAUAUAGCCCAAUCCAAAGCGUUGUGGCACCAACUAGUCAUCUCAAAGAAGUGAGAAAAGAAGCUCAGAUUUUGAAC